AUGGCUAGCACGCAUAGUUUACACUCUUCAAACGUUGUGGGCGUACACUAUAGAGUUGGGAAGAAAAUCGGUGAGGGAAGUUUUGGCGUCAUCUUUGAAGGGACAAAUCUGCUAAAUAAUCAACAAGUUGCCAUAAAAUUCGAACCACGAAAGAGUGAUGCACCUCAACUCCGAGACGAAUACAGAACAUAUAAAAUUUUGGCUGGCUCACCGGGUAUACCGACUGUAUACUAUUUCGGCCAAGAAGGAUUGCACAAUAUACUAGUCAUUGAUCUUCUUGGUCCAAGCUUAGAAGAUUUGUUUGAUAUGUGCGGAAGAAAAUUUGGUAUUAAGACAGUGGUUAUGGUAGCAAAGCAAAUGCUUACACGGGUACAAACCAUUCAUGAGAAGAAUCUCAUCUACCGUGAUAUCAAACCAGAUAACUUUUUGAUUGGUCGUCCGGGGACGAAAGCUGCCAACGUAAUUCAUGUUGUCGAUUUUGGCAUGGCCAAGCAAUAUCGAGAUCCAAAAACAAAACAACAUAUUCCAUAUCGAGAAAGAAAAAGUCUAAGUGGAACUGCUAGGUACAUGAGUAUCAAUACACAUUUAGGAAGAGGCAAGUCAUUAAUUUGUACGAAGCAAUCGAGACGUGACGAUUUAGAAGCUCUUGGUCAUGUGUUUAUGUAUUUUUUACGAGGUGGCCUACCAUGGCAAGGACUUAAGGCAGCCACGAAUAAGCAAAAAUAUGAAAAAAUUGGUGAAAAAAAGCAAUCAACGCCAAUCAAAGAAUUAUGUGAAGGUUUCCCAGAACUUUUCACUAAAGUCUUAAAGAAUUCUAAUGAAGUAGAAGAUGGUGUUUAUGAUUGGAUGCUAUUAAAUAAUGGCAAAGGAUGGGAGGCAGGCUCGCGGAAAGAUGACGGUAUUCUUAAUCCUGAAACUAACACCCACGUAACACUUCAUGGUACCUCCUCUCAGCCUUAUAGUACGAGCGCAGGAAUUCACCAAUCUUCUCACCUUCACGUUCAUCACGGAUCGUCUGAUCCACGCCUUCAUCGUUCAUCACUUAAUCGUGGCCCUUCCAUGAACCGUAGCCAACAACAAACUCCACCUUCACCUGCAUUGGUUCAUACUAAUUCUAAAGCACAACGAGGGACAGGAAAGGCGCACAAACAUAACAGUGCAGUUUUGAAUUCUGGGGUCGAUGAUUUGAAUAAUCCGUACUCUGGUCGUGCUGGUAUGAACGGAGGUAACGGUGGAAACGUCAAUGGUAUCCAAGGAAACAAUGGUGCUGAUUCAAACUCUCACCGAAGGCGAGGAAUUUGGCAAAACUUUGCUGACAUUGGAAGACAACUUGGAAGAGAUGAAGUUUGGGCAAAACCUGAAGAGGCAGAUCUUAAAAAAUUAAGCGCAAUCUUGGAUUUACCACAACAAUACCUUACAACUGAUAUUGGACAGACUUUCUUUCCUACACGUGGAGGAUUAUUUGAACUUCCUCCCAGAGAUCCCUUUAUUUAUCGUUUAUAUGAAAUCAUGCAGAUUUACGGACUUCCGUUAAAGGAUGUUGUUAAUGAAAAGUUUGGUGAUGGAAUUAUGUCUGCAAUUGAUUUCACUGCAAAUGUUGAAAAGGUUAAAGGGAAUGAUGAUUCAACCAGAGUGAAAAUAAUAUUCGAUGGUAAAUUUUUACCAUUUAAGAAAUG